AUGUCGCCGGAGUUGUUCGUGCAAUUUACGAUUCCCUGGGCCAACUGGGUGCGCACAGAGCCGCAAGUGGACGAAGCCCUUGUCUUGGUCUUGGAUUCCGGGGGAGGAAGCCACAUCCACCUGUCCCCUACCUUCACCAUGGCUUGCGUGGCGAAGAAUAUUCGUCCACUCUUUCUCCCACCGUAUACUACGAACGCGGUGUGCCCAGCAGACCAAGACCCGAGUGCUGAGGCAGAGCUUCGGUGGGAAGCUCUGCGCCCAAAGUGUAGCUUCAUGAAGUCUGGGACGCGUCAGGGCUAA